AUGGAAAUUCAGAACCAUACAACUGAAACCAGUGUGAAAUUGGUUAAUGAAGCUCUCUUAAUAACUGAAGACUUGCAAACUCUGUUUGGCACCAACAUACUCUCUGUGCCAUUUCAUCUCGAUACAGCAAGAUUCAGCACAAAGACUACGGUUGGUUUGAUGCUGAAGGGAUGCACUAUCGAGAACAUCGACGUUUCUGAAGUCAAGUUGAAGAGAGUCGCAUCAGAGAUCAUUGCUGACAGGAGAGCGAUGUUUGAGAUUUUUACAAACCUGAAGAAUCGGGCUAAAGAUGAACAUCUUGCCUUUCUCAUCGACGAAGCAAUCUCCCUCUGGACAAAGAUUCUGAAAGCAUCUACUGAACAUGACAGGAAAAUUUCUGAGAAUGUCUUAAAACUUCAGCAUAAAGGCGAAAUCUCCAGCAAGAGGGUGAACGAAAUUUUGAAUACAUUGAAGCUGCAUGUACAAGACACGAUGAAAUACGAGGCUCAGAUAACCAGUCUUGAAAGUGAGCUAGAGGUUGCUCGCAACAAGCUCGCCGAGCUAGAGCUGCAGGAAAAUCAGUGGAUGGAGAUUUCAGAAGACUUAGAAGAAACUCACAGAAAAGCUUACUCUUUGAUAGACAAUUAUUUUGAAACCUUCGAGAAUGCAUACGAUGAAAAGAAGCUUGCAAGCAAGACGAUUGGUGAUGUUGUGACCAUGAUUGAUGACAAACCAGCUGGUUCCCUUUCAAUCGAAAAUUUGGAUGCAUAUGAAAACGAGAACCCAGACAUCGCUUUGACUCUUAUUGACCAUCAGGAUUGUAUUUCGUAA